CGGCGAUCCACGCUUCCAAGACCUCGCCAAAGGUCUCCGCUGCCGGACCGUGCGCGCGACUGCGUGGCUGCUGAACCCCUGCCUUCAACGUGCACGAGAAGCCCUCCCCGCGAAACGUGCCGCGCACUUCUCACUCCGUGUGGUGCUCCUAUAGUAUCCUCUCUCCCUCUUUCUUUUUCUGUCGAACUCACAUCUUCACGAAGCCCCAGCGGCAUUUGACUGUCAUCACCUGCACAGGCCUCAGCCGGAUUUCUUUUUUUUUCUUCCGCGAUCGCCACCAUAGCCGGCUGACAGCAAAGUUUUUUUUUUUCCGGAGCCCUCCGCUGCUGGACAACACCGGAAGUGCUCCAGCACUGCGCGUCGCAGUUCUGGAGGCAACGGAACGUGCUUAUCUUCAUCGAGUGUCGGAGGCCGGAGCCGCAGGCAGUUGAACAAGGCAACUUGUGGUGGUUCCGGGACAAUAAGGGAGCGAACAAGUGAAUAAGGAUAACCCCCCCAGCAGCCGACUAUGAGCAGCGAGAAGUCCAAUGAGUCCCUGCGCAAGGAAGAGCCCUUGCCGACAGAGGGUGAGGAAGAGGACGACGAAGGCACCGCUUCGUUACCCGACGACCAGGACUGCGCUGUUGAGCUGCCCAGUCCCCCUGAUGGAGGCUACGGAUGGGUCAUCGUGUUCGCCUCCUUCAUCUGCUUCGUCAUCGUCGAUGGCAUCAUCUUCUCAUUCGGCAUCUUCCUGCGCGAAUUCGCCUCCACCUUCAACGAGUCCAAGGGGGCCACGGCGUGGGUGGCUUCCAUACAAACUGGUUGCUACCUGCUUGCUGGUCCUGUGGCUGCGGGAUUGGCAAAUGCCUUCGGCUGUCGGCCCGUCACCAUCGGAGGAAGCUUACUGGCGGCCGCUGGCUUCUGCGGCGCAGUUUUCGCGCGAAGCAUCCUAGAGCUAUACAUCACCAUUGGACUCCUUAGCGGCAUUGGCUUCGGCUUCAUUUUCCUGCCUGCUGCCGUAAACAUCAGCUUCUACUUCGAGAAGAAAAGAGCUUUCGCCACCGGCAUGGCCGUCUGCGGUUCCGGAAUCGGAGGCUUCCUCCUGGCGCCUUGUUGUCAGCUACUGGUUUCCGAAUUCGGCUGGCGGGGCUCCAUGCUGAUCCUGGCUGGCAUGACGCUUAACUGCUGCGUGGUGGGCGCCCUAUUCCGACCCAUAGAAGAGCCGCAGCCCAAACGCGAGCCCGUACCGCUGAAGCCACUCUUGCUGCGCAUAAAGGAAGCGCGCGACGCCAUGACCAAGUGGGACUCUGUAGAGGACGGCAUCGACGACACGCUCAUUGUCAACGACGGGCCACGCCGCAAGACCAGCUGCCCUCCGCCCCGCAUCGUGCACGACGCCAUCUUGAACAGCGAAGAACGCAGCGCUUCCAGCUCCACCAGCGGCAGCAACAACAGCCCGCCUCCGCCAUACUCUGAAGCUGUCAAGGCUGAGCAGCAGUUCAACUGUUGCCACAACAACAACCAGCUCCGCGUCGAUCACAAACCGGCGUACCAGGCUCCUCCCGUUCUUCGAAAGCUGUCCUUCACCAAGAGUCACAACAGCAGGGCACGCCGGAUGACGGCGCCCGAAAUGAGGCCCUUCUACCGCCAGGACAUCCUAUUCAGCGCCAGUCUUCUGCGCAUACCGGAGUACCGCUCACAGAAGGACAUCGGCUCGUACCACCAAAGCAUCGCAAACUUGCCCAAGCAGGGGCCACACAAGAAGUUAGGAUGCCUGUCUCCAGAGGUGACCGAUACACUGACCCAAAUGCUCGACAUCUCGCUCCUGACGAGUCCGACGUUCGUGACUCUGGCAGUGUCUGGGUUCCUGACCUUGGCGGGCUUCUUCAUUCCUUUCAUGUACAUCGUAGACAAGGCAAUUCUGUCAGGCAUCUCACCGGAUAAGGCCGCUUUUAUCUUGUCGGCCAUUGGCAUCACUAACACGGUGGGCCGUGUGUUCUCUGGCUGGGUGUCCGACCGACCGAAGGUUAACGCCCUCUGCAUCAAUAACAUCGCCCUCACUGUGGGUGGUCUCGCCACGGCCUUGUGUCCCUUCUUCGAGACCUACACUAUGCUACUCGUCUACAGUGCCGUCUUCGGUUUCUCCAUAGCUUGUUUUGCCGCCCUUCGUUCUAUAAUUGCUGUCGAGAUGUUCGGCGUCGAGAAACUCACGAACGCAUUUGGACUGCUACUACUAUUCCAAGGCGUGGCGUCCGUCAUCGGUUCACCAGUCGCCGGCAUCUUUUACGACCUGACGGGGACGUACGACGCCUCGUUCUACGUCGCCGGAUCGGUCAUCACUCUCUCCGGUCUCAUGUGCCUUCCGCUUCCCUGGAUUUCGCGCUGGGAGAAACGGCGAAAAGAGGCCGCCGCCCCUCAACUGCCAACCAUCAUAACGACGACCGUCGACGACGAGGCCGGCGAGGCGAUGACACUCAACCCUCCGGGCGUCUACGUCACAGACGACUGCGAAGCCGGGCUAGCGGAUACCUAGGAUCGAGGCCCCCCUGGUUCCGUUGCGGUUUCGGACAGAGACCGAUAGGAGAAAAAAAAAAUGACAACCAAAGACAAACUCGCCUCCGCGCAUACUCAGUCGGGAAGGUGCGCCGCUCGUUCCGUCGACCAAUCAACAGCUGUGGUGGGUGACACGUCCGGACGCCGUUGUGCCUUCGGAACCACUGGGCGGAUUGUGUCGCGCGCUUCCACCGUAUACGUUCGCGGGUGUUUCUGGAAGAGCUCCGUCGGACGUCCGCGGGACACACGGAAGGCGACUUCGUCCAACGCCCCGAGUGUCUGGCGAGGAGAACAUUCCGCCAGCGUUCUCCAAAAAGCAUCGAGUGAGAAGGCCUCACUAUCUGUCCAGUUCAUGACUUUCUACUCCGCGGUGCUGCGACCGUUCGCGCGUUCGUUGAGCGACGUCAUCUUCAUUCCAGGAUUACUGCUUGGAGCCUCCAUUGCCGACGUAAGUGUCUAAGAAGCAGAACACGUACCCAGCUGUGGUGCUGUGCUGAAUAGCCUCUGGUGGCUACGCUGUUCUCGUGAGUGACUCUUAGGUUCCUUCAGCUGAACGCAGUUACCCGGGGGGUCAGUACAUUCCUUCGAAGUCGCAGACGUUCGGCCUCGCAAGUGGCAAGAAGAAACAAAAGAUUGUUGCUGCUCCGGCCACGAAAGUGUAACAGGGUUGCACGCUGGCGAAGUGAGAUCCUGUCAAUGACCAGCCGAGACGGAGCCGAAUAGCGGCGAUAUCGCUUGACGCAGCAGCGGUGGACAACGUGCUUCCUGCUUAUACCCUGAUGCUGUGACCAAUGCACAUCGUUCGAAUGCAUUCUAGUGCCAACUGUGGUGGAGAAGGCAGUGCUUGUCACGUUGAGUCGUUUCCGGGACACUUUAGGUUACACGCACGUAUGGUGAUGCAUGAAUGAGUGAUCAUCGGACGCAUGCCAUUUCUCGCGCACACUUGCAAGGACAUACGUUAGAGCAUACUUUUACCAUCGGUGAUUCAUUGUAAUAAGUCGUAACAUUUUUCUUUCGUUCUACCGACAAGGCUACCAUGACAGUUUUUUAAACAACUGCCCGGUGAAUCAUAGUACACUGCCAGUAACUGGCAAAUCGGUUUUAGCACAAGCCUGCGAGGCUGGGGAAGCUUCAAGAAAAAAAAAAGAAUCCUUUCUUUACAGCACUCAGUUACACAGAAAACGUAUACGGAUGUUCCAGUGAGAUUUUUAGUGAAAACAUAACAGUGGUGCACUGUAGUCUAACCUAACCAUCAGCCUACAUUGCAGACAAAGAAUUUGAACCAUCACGGAGAACUUGUCACGAUAAAAAUAAGUGGCAGCGAAAACUCGCGCUAGCACAUUUUGUCUGGCUGCUUUACGUUCUUGGGGCUUCCUAUAUUCACUCAUGCCCACCAUCACCCGCCAUUGUUAAACAAAGUUUCACGGGCUUCUAAAGCUAUAUCGUUUUAAUGACUAUAACUAAUGACAUGUUUCCUCGUUUUUUUUUUCCUGUCUUUGUUACGAUGGCAUCGCUUCAAAUUGAAAUGGAUCUCGCUGAAGUAAGUUCAAACAAUAAAUACUUGCGCAUCUGUGCAAAUGCA